AUGGAAUCUUAGGAUAAUUAAGAAACUAAAGUUUAAAGAAAAUAUCCUCAUAGAAUAGAUGAUAAUGUUGCUAUCUGGACUGAAUUCAGGGAACUAGGGGAUAGAUACUCUUGUCUAUCACUAGGAGAAGGUGCUCCAGGUGGAAAUCCUCCUGAUUUCUUAAAAGAUUUCAUGAUUAAAGCAAUUGAUGAAGGCUACAAUCAGUAUUAGAGAAUAUUCGGAAUACCUGAGUUCGUAAACAAAAUAGCAGAUGUUUAUGGGGAGAAACUUAAAAGAUAAAUCAACCCAAUGACUGAGAUUAUGGUCACUGCUGGUGCUAAUUCAGCUCUUAAUAGUUACAUUAUCGGUCUCAUUAAUCCUAGAGAGGGAGAAGAAGUGCUUGUCUUUGAGCCAUGCUUUCCUUAAUAUCAAGAUCACAUCUAAAUGGCUGAAGGAGUAUACAAAGCAGUUCCACUUGAAUGGAAAGAAAACAGAUGGACUUUUGAUCCUGAGGUUUUGCGAAAAAGCUUAAAUGACAAGACUAAGAUAUUCCUUCUCAAUAAUGCUCAUAAUCCAACUGGAAAGCUUUUCAACAGAGAGGAUCUUUAAAUUUUGACAGAUAUCCUUAAUGAAUUCCCACAUGUCAUAGUAAUUAGCGAUGAUGUUUAUGAGUUCCUCACCUUUGAUGAUCAACAAUCUUCAAUCUUAUUUGCCUCGAUUGGGAAUAACUUUGAAAAGACUGUCUCCAUCUUUAGUGGAGGCAAAUUAUUCUAGGCAACUGGGUGGAAAGUAGGUUGGUCUAUCGCACCAAAUGAAAUUUUGAGUAAGGCCGCAAUAAUUUAAUGCUGCACAACCUAUUGCAUUAAUGCUCCAGCAUAAAUAGCUAUGAGCAGAUCUUUCGAUUUGAUUGAGACUAUGCCUUACACAGAGGGAAGGACAUUCGUCUAAAAUAUGAAGAAAGAAUUUUAAGAUGUUCGAGACUUUUUCAUCUCUCAAUUCAAUAGCAUCUCUCAAGAGCUUCCUGUAGUACCAUUACCUAGCGAAAGUGGAUACUUCUUGAUGAUUGAUAUUACUAAUUGCAAAAAGAUUAUACCAGAAAGAUAUCUUAAAUCCCAUGAUUUUGAAGAGCUUAAAGAGGGGUAAUCUGCUGUUUCAAGAAAUAUCGUGUACAUGCCCGAUGGAUCAGUCCCAUUAGAUUUAGCUUUCUGCAGAUGGAUGGCUGUUGAAAAAGGAGUGAUUAUGAUGCCAGCCUCGUUAUUUUAUCACAAAGAAUCUCCUAUCAGAGAUGACAAAUAUGUAAGAAUUGGAAUAUGCAAAGGAUUAGAUCAUUCAAGAAAAGCUUUUGACAGAAUCAAAGGAAAACAGAAAAUGGAUUGA